AACUUGAGCUUGAUAAAAAUGAAGAUGAUUAUCAAAGCGGUCAAGACGAUGAUAACUACAAUACUAAAUUUAGAGAUCCUGAAAAUGCUAGUACAAAAGAUGCAACCAACGACCCUAUUCACAAGCUCUUUAACCGUGUUUUUGUGAAUGAUUCAUUAACAUGUAUCUCACCAAUCGAAAAAUUAUAUUAUUUAGCAAAAAUUUAUCCUGAUAUUUGUCACUUAUAUGCUAGCUCCAAGAUUCCUAAU